AUGUCGAACCUAGUGGUGGUGGUGGACAACGGCGGCGGCCUCAUAAAGGGCGGCAUCGGCGGCGAGCGAGAGCCGGCGUGCGUCGUCCCCAACUGCACCGCCCGCCCCCCUUCCUCCAAGAAGUGGCUCCUCGCCGACCAGCUCCUCUCCCCCUCCGAGGACCUCACCUCCGCCACCAUCCGCCGCCCCUUCGACCGCGGCCACCUCAUAAACCCCGACCUCCAGUCCUCCCUCUGGGCCCACCUCUUCACCAACCUCCUCAAAAUCCACCCCCCGAGCUCCUCCCUCCUCCUCACCGAGCCCCUCUUCGCCCUCCCCUCCAUCCAGCGCGCCGUCGACGAGAUCAUCUUCGAGGAGUUUAACUUCAAGGCACUCUUCGUGGCGGACUCCCCGUCUCUCGUGCACCUAUACGAGGCUUCGAGGAGGCCGUACGGACUCCUCUCGAGGGCUCAGUGCAGCUUGGUGGUCGACUGUGGGUUCAGCUUCACGCACGCGGCCCCGGUUCUCCAGAACUUCACCCUAAAUUAUGGGGUCAAGAGGAUGGAUCUCGGGGGAAAAGCGCUGACGAACUAUCUCAAGGAGCUCGUCAGCUACCGGAGUGUGAAUGUGAUGGAUGAGAGCUUUAUUAUGGACGAUGUGAAGGAGAAGCUGUGCUUUGUCUCUCUUGAUGUGCAGAGGGACCUCAAGAUUGCCAGGAAAUCUGGAGCUGACAAUAUAUUUCGGUGUACUUACGUACUUCCUGAUGGUAUAACUUAUACAAAAGGUUUUGUGAAAGAUCCCAAUGAAGCAAAUAGAUACCAAGCCUCGAAAGAUGGAACUUCUCCAGCAGGGGAGAAGCAUUAUGUGGACACACAGCAUGUUAUUGACAGAACUCGGGAGCAUAAGAGCAUUGACCUAACAAAAAAU